CACCUGUCUCUCUUCUUGCUCUCUAUCUCUCUGAUUUCUUGCUUCUAAUAUCAAAUCAUCUUUUUCAUUUCUUCUUGUCCUCUACUCUUAGAUCAGAGACACUGGCACAGGGACUAGACCCGUGAUUUCAUGGGUGUAGGGAACUCUUAGAUGAGGAACUUCCUUUGCCAAUGUAAGCUGGCUCUUUCUCUGAAUCUUACAGUCUUAUACUCUUGGAGAGUUUCCUAGAGCAGUGAAAGGUUAAAUGAUUUGCCCAGAAUCACAUGGCCAGUAUGCUGAAAGGCUGAACUGGAAACCAAGUCUUCCUGGCUUAAUUAGAGGCCAGUUCUUGGAAGGAACUUUGAGAAUCAUUCACUCCAAUGCUCUCAGUUUUAAAAGGAGGAAAUUAAGAUCUAGAGAAAGAAAGUGGCCCAGGGACACACAGGUUUUAUAGGUAAGGCUCCAUGAUGGAUGGUUCUCAAAAAAAAGGUCUGGAGGAACAGAAGAAGCACCUCCACAUUGUCACUCCUCUCCUGGAAAGCUGGACACUUUCCCUGGCUGCAGGUACCACUGUCUUUCUAAAGCUAGAGAAUAUCCAGCCUACCGGCUCCUUCAAGAUCAGGGGCAUAGGACACUUCUGCCAGGAGGUGGCUAAGAAAGGUUGCAAACACUUCGUGUGUUCCUCAGGAGGAAAUGCAGGUGUGGCUGCUGCCUAUGCCGCCAGAAAUCUGGGCAUCCCUGCCACCAUUGUGUUGCCCAAGGGUGCCCACCCAGCUCUUCUUCGGAGGCUGGAGAGGGAGGGGGCUGAGGUGCAGAUGGUGGGAAAGGUGUGGGAUGAUGCCAAUUUGAAGGCCCAGGAGUUGGUCAAAAUGGAUGGUUGGGUUGAAGUUCACCCCUUUGACCAUCCACUGAUCUGGAAAGGCCAUGGCAGCAUGAUUCAUGAACUGAAGGAAACUCUGGGGACCCAGCCUGGUGCCAUUAUCCUCUCUGUAGGGGGUGGGGGCCUCCUGGCUGGUGUUGUGGCGGGAUUAAAGGAGGUGGGCUGGCAGGAUGUUCCCAUCAUCGCCAUGGAGACCCGAGGAGCUGACUGCUUUAACCAAGCCAUCCGGGCUGGGAGACUUGUCACCUUACCUGACAUUACUAGCCUGGCCAAAUGUUUGGGUGCCAAGACAGUGGCUGUCCGGGCCCUGGAGUGUGUCCGAGAAUGCCAGAUUAUCUCGGAGGUGGUUGACGAUAAGGAAGCCAUAGAAGCCAUCGAACGCUUCCUCGAUGAUGAAAGGAUGCUGGUGGAACCAGCCUGUGGGGCUGCGCUAGCCGCCAUCUAUUCCGGUUGCCUGCGUCGGCUCCAGGCCGAGGGCCGCCUCAGUCCCUCCCUGGGCCCCAUAGUGGUCAUCGUUUGUGGUGGGAACAGCAUUCAUCAGGCUGAGCUGAAGGCCCUCCGAGCCCAGCUGGGGAGGAGCUGAGAGGCGGGACCCAGGAGGCUCUAGUUGGGAUUAAACUCUCCAUCUGACUUCCUGACACUGACAUGAUGCUCUCAGCAAGUACCCCUGGAGAAAGUGACAUGUGUAACCCCAACCUCCUCCCAGAAGCCUUCACUAAUCACUCCAAUCUCCAAUACUUGUCUAACUGUUUUCUUCUUCAUCUCCUCAACUAGACUCCAAGCAAACAUGUGCCUUAUAUGUUUGCAUCAACCAUCUCAAUCCAGUCUCCCAAGACUAGCACAAGACUAGUCAUAGCAGAUACUCAAUAAAAAUGCCUCGGUUUGAAUUGAGUUCAUAGAAUCUUUGAACCCUAGAAUUGUAAAGGCCCUUAGAGAUCAUCAGCUCCAACUACCUUAUUUACAAAGAAGGAAAGUGAGUCCCUCCUUGACUGAAAAAACUGUCAGUGACUCCCUAUUGUACAUCUAAUAAAGUAUUGUAGUUAUUCAGUCGUUU